AGCCGGGGCAGGUUUUUUGGUCGCAAGUAGGAAGCUUUUUGCACUACACCGGAGAGGGGGAGCCACGGAGCCAGCCGCGCUGCCGUGCACCGCCGCCGCGCCCGCCCCAGCCCGGCCCGGCCCCGCGGCGGGGCGCGAUGAGCCCGAGCCCGAGCCGGCCCGCCGGGGAGUGAGCGCGGGGCGCGGAGGGCGCGUUGCGCAGCUGCUCCUGCGCACAACCCCGCCGCCGCCGCCGCCGGCCCGCACUGGCAGUGAGUGUGAGAGGCUCGUCCGUGCUGAGCUCCUGGCGCCGGGAGCGGGAGCGGGAGCAGGAAGCGCAGGCCACGCAGGGACCCAACUGAAACAAAGUGUCGGCCGCCCGGCGGCGGCGGCGCCUCGCCCCGACCCUGCCCCUCCCGCCCGCCCGCAACUCCGCCGCCCACCAUGGCUUCCGAGGAGCUGUACGAGGUUGAAAGGAUCGUUGACAAAAGGAAAAACAAAAAAGGGAAGAUAGAAUAUCUGGUUCGGUGGAAAGGCUAUGACAGUGAGGACGACACUUGGGAACCAGAGCAGCACCUUGUGAACUGUGAGGAAUACAUUCAUGAUUUUAACAGACGCCACACCGAAAAGCAGAAAGAAAGCACACUAACCAGAACAAAUAGGACCUCUCCGAACAAUGCCAGGAAACAGAUCUCCAGAUCCACCAACAGCAACUUUUCUAAGACCUCUCCUAAGUCACUAGUGAUUGGCAAAGACCACGAGUCCAAAAACAGUCCAUUAUUUGGUGCCAGCCAGAAGUUCAGGAAAAACACAGCUCCAUCUCUCUCAAACCGGAAGAAUAUGGACCUAGCAAAAUCAGGUAUAAAGAUACUUGUGCCUAAGAGCCCCAUUAAGAGCAGGACCGCAGUGGACGGCUUUCAGAAUGAGAGCCCUGAGAAACUGGACCCCGUCGAACAGGGUCAGGAGGACACAGUAGCCCCAGAAGUGGCAGCCGAAAAGCCAGUCGGAGCCUUAUUGGGCCCUGGUGCAGAGCGAGCUAGAAUGGGGAGCAGGCCCCGAAUACACCCAUUAGUGCCUCAGGUGUCUGGCCCCGUGACUGCAGCCAUGGCCACGGGAUUAGCUGUUAACGGAAAAGGUUCGUCCCCGUUUAUGGAUGCGUUAACAGCCAACGGAACAACCAGCAUACAGACAUCUGUUACAGGAGUGACAGCCGGGAAAAGGAAGUUUAUUGACGACAGAAGAGACCAGCCUUUUGACAAGCGGUUGCGUUUCAGUGUGAGGCAAACAGAAAGUGCCUACAGAUACAGAGAUAUUGUCGUCAGGAAGCAGGAUGGCUUCACCCACAUCUUGUUGUCAACAAAGUCAUCAGAGAAUAACUCACUAAACCCAGAGGUCAUGAAAGAAGUCCAGAGUGCCCUCAGCACAGCUGCCGCCGACGAUAGCAAACUCGUGCUGCUCAGCGCGGUGGGCAGCGUCUUCUGUUGCGGUCUCGACUUUAUUUAUUUUAUCCGGCGUUUAACAGAUGACAGGAAAAGAGAAAGCACUAAAAUGGCGGAAGCUAUCAGAAACUUCGUGAAUACUUUCAUUCAGUUUAAGAAGCCUAUAAUUGUAGCAGUAAAUGGCCCAGCCAUUGGACUAGGAGCCUCCAUAUUGCCUCUUUGUGAUGUGGUUUGGGCCAAUGAAAAGGCUUGGUUUCAAACACCCUAUACUACCUUCGGACAGAGUCCAGAUGGCUGUUCCACCGUUAUGUUUCCCAAGAUUAUGGGAGGAGCAUCUGCGAAUGAAAUGUUGCUCAGUGGACGGAAGCUGACAGCACAAGAGGCGUGCGGCAAAGGCCUGGUCUCGCAGGUGUUUUGGCCUGGCACCUUCACCCAAGAAGUCAUGGUUCGCAUCAAGGAGCUUGCCUCCUGUAACCCAGUUGUGCUGGAAGAGUCAAAGGCCCUCGUGCGCUGUAACAUGAAGCUGGAGCUGGAGCAGGCCAACGAGCGGGAGUGCGAGGUGCUGAAGAAGAUCUGGGGCUCGGCGCAGGGCAUGGACUCCAUGCUCAAGUACCUGCAGCGGAAGAUCGAUGAGUUCUGAUGGGCGGCGGCUGCUGGGGACACGGGGACUACAGAGCGAGACUUCGGUGGCGCCAGGUUGCCCUCCGCCCUCCUCACGGCCUGACGCAAGUUCACUCUCAGCGCACGCUUGGAAGCAGGACUUGCGACUUCCAGGCUAUUUAUUAUCAAGGAGUUUUUAAGUACUGUAACUUUAAAAUAAAUAACUAUAAAACUCCUUUGUCCAAACGUCAUUAUUUUAUACUUCAUAUACACACAAGUAUAAAAGUAUAAUGGUGAGCUCUAGACUGCUCUUCAAAGCUCUAAUUUUUGUUAUCUUUAGCUAGUACUGUAUAAAAAAGAAGCGAAGUGUGUUUUGCUGGUUUUGGGUGGCAGAGAGGUCUGGAAUAAUGUUUGUUUUCCUGAUUUUUUUCCUUCUAGAACACAGAAUCUAAAGGGGUAUUAGCCAGCCUCCUCUCUCCUGCCCCAUUCAGAGAUACAGAAAGAUCUGAGACGUGCCUUUGUCUCCAGAAAGGUACAGAUACCUCAGAGAUUAAAUGUCCCGAGUCAAAAGCGAAACUUAUCUAGUAGAAUAAGUAUUUUGAUGAAAAACCCGCUGACGAACAUACCCCUCCACUAAAGUACGCUUAGGAUUCGUGCUGGAAAAUCCAUUGAUUCUUCCUUUUUAAUAAGUCCCCAGUUAACACCAAGAAACCACUGUCUUUCCGGAAGAAAGCUUGUUUUACAGUAUUAGUGAAUCACUGAAUAGCUUGAGUAUGAAUAUCUAAGUUAUAAGUUAGUCUUAGUGGAGUUUAAAGAGUUUUUCUGACCCUUUUGAAAAAAUAACUACAUAAGUGCUUCUUGUUGCUGGGUGAGAAAUACUACUUUAUAUACAGUUUUGGUUUUCUAUCUGCAGAUACGAUUGAUGUAUUACACCAAAAAAAAAGUAUUUUUAUGUUUAUAAAGUGUAAUUUUUAGGUUCACUUAGAAUAUAUUUUAUUUAAUAAGUUAAAAUUCUUUUGGCACACUAUUAAAUGCAGAAACUCCUUUAAAAAGAAAAAAAAAAAAAAAGAACUACCUUAUAUUCAAUGUUCCAUGUUCCUGGUCUCUGCUCUCAUGUCUACGCACGAUGCGGAGUACAGUGUGGUGUCCAAGAGUGCCCUGUGUAAAUAGACAUUCACAUUCCUUUCAGGAGUGGGGACUGACUCCCGAUUACAGACGCCUAUUAUUAGUUAGGCUUCUGAGCUUGCAAUCAUAUUGAAUGUAUGAAGAAUGAAAUAAAAUCAAAACCUUAUUUUUGUACAGUUUGGAAGUUUAUACUUAGAACCGACCACCUCCCGGCCAUGUGGAGAGCUGUACAGUGUGUAAAUCUGCCUUUACCCUGGAUUGGUUGGUGCAGUAUUUUUGCAUCUGUGGGACCUACUUUUUCGUUCCGUAGUUUGAACUAUAUAUAUAAUAAACUGUACAAUCUGUAAAGUUUUUAUAGAAUAAAUAUUCAGCUGUGAAAACUGGUUAAAUAAAACUAAUAUUUCUUAACACAUUUGAAA